UGCCUCGCUAACCGGGACACAUGCACCAACAGCGCCAAAGAACAUAGAACAUCGGACUGUAGCAAUAAAGACCCCUCCCACUGCAUCUCAUGUAACUCAAACGACCAUCCCAGCUGGAGUAGAAACUGCCCAGAAUUCAAUCGGCACUGCAUGGACCUCGAUACCAGGAACCAGGACAACACCCUACCCUACUUCCCGACAGACGAAAGCUGGACA